AUGGUAACCGUAACUUGGUUCAACUUCACUGAAUUCAGGGAUUCGCUCCCAGCCACUGUUGUGGGCGAUCUACACGGGCAGCUAGUAGAUUUGCGAAAAAUUAUCGACCGAUGCGGUGAUCCUUCAAGAAAUACUUAUGUGUUUCUUGAUCGGGUGUUUCUGCUACGUGGAAACCACGAAGACGUCAACACGACCAGCACAUACGGCUUCUACGAUGAAUGUAUGAUAAAAUAUGGCAUACGAGGAGAAUGGGUUUACCUUGCACUAAUCAACGUCUUCAACCACUUGCCGUUAUGCGCUCUUCUUGGCGAAAAUGUGCUUUGCAUGCAUGGAGGUCUCUCUCCUUAUAUCACCACAUUGGAAGAUAUCGAAAGGAUCCCACGGCCAUCGAUAAUACCUCCUUACGGUAUAAUGUGCGAUAUCGUUUGGUCAGAUCCAGACGCCUUUCAACCAGGAUGGUCGUUGUCAUGCCGCGGAAUCUCAUUCUCGUUUGACGAAUCGGUAGUUGAUGAGUUCUGCACAAAUCAUAACAUUGAUCUGAUCAUCAGAGCACAUCAGAUAACCGCAGAGAUGGUUCACGGAGGUUAUCGAAUAUUCGCUGGUGGACGCUUGGUGACGAUUUUUUCGGCACCUAACUACCAGAAUAUGAUGAACGAUGGUUGUGUGAUGAGAAUUAAGAGAGACUUGACGGCAAACUUCAUAAUUUUUCGACCGGUCGUCAGGCGACAUUAACAGCACCAACAGCCAAGACGCCACGUUUCACGAAAUUUUCGAGUUGUCGGACUUGAAUAGAUU